AUGAUACAUUAUGUACACAGGUUUAUAUGGCAAGGAAAUUUCUCUUCGCCGAUCAUUGAGCGAUUGAACGCUGGGAAUGCGAGAAUAUUGAAUAUUGGAUGUGGCCCAGGUCCAGGAUGUUGGUUGUUAAAUAUGGCAAGAGAAUAUCGAUGGGACAAUUUUUUCGGUGUAGACGUUGACUCCUCGGUUAUUCCUACAAAUGUUUCAGAUUUAAAUGCCAUAUUCUUAAAGUUGGAUACAUUAGAGAGGUUACCAUUUGCCGCUGAAACAUUUGAUUUUGUGUUUCUUCGAUUCGCAUCGUUCACGAAAGAACAAUGGCAGGAACGGGUUGUAAACGAACUCGUUCGUGUAUGUAAACGCGGCGGGUGGAUAGAAAUAAUGGAUUGUGAAAACAAAUUUUACAAUGAAGGCGAGGCUACGAAACGAUUGAUGACCGCAUACCGAUUUUAUCUUGAAUCCAGGCAAAUCAACCCUCUGAUAGGUUCACAAUUCGUCAGAUUGUUACGUGAGACAGAUCAAAUUGGCAGCAUUAAAAGAGAGGAGAAGGAAUGGUUCUUGGGAAAUGAAGGAGGACGAGCCGGACAAUAUUUACUUCGAGAUUUCGAAUUAAAUUUGCAAAAUCCAAGAGAGAUAAUGUCAGAAACUAUGGGUUGUACGAAGGAGGAAUACGAGGAAUUAAUUCAGGAAUUUCAUAAUGAAGUCAAAAGAUUGAAAACUUCCAUAAAGUACGUAAGGGUGUACGGGCAAAAGAAUUAA